GAUCCUCGUACAGACCGGAUUCAUGAGAUUCGAUUGCUGGAUAUACACACACUCAAACUGCAAACAACCAGAUGUCUCUUGGAGAUAGAGAUUGUCAAGUCACGACGGCGAUAGUCGUCGCCGGAACGUCGCCGGAGUUACGUACUCAGGAAGCUCCUCCAUGGCUAAUAGCACCUCCGACGACGUUGAAGCUUCCGCUACCUUCGCCGAGUUUCUAGACGGAUCCACAGAUCACCUCAGUUGGUUUAAUACAGACUCCUUAGUUGGCUUGCCUCCGCCGGAGCAGAUCACCGGCGAAUCUCCGGCGACGCCUAAUUGCUCGAAUUCAUCUUCCUCCACUGAGGCUGCAGCUGCAACCGCCGAAGGUUCCGGAAAGGGUAAGGAAACCCUAGAAGACGACAGCUCGAAGAAAGAUGCAAAAUUGAAGAAACUGAAAUCUACAGAAUCCGAGAAGAAAAAGCAGCCACGAUUCGCUUUCAUGACCAAAAGCGAAGUCGAUCAUCUCGACGACGGUUACCGGUGGCGGAAGUACGGCCAGAAAGCCGUGAAGAACAGUCCUCACCCAAGAAGCUACUACAGAUGCACUGCGCAGAAAUGUCCGGUGAAGAAGCGCGUCGAGAGGUCAUUCCAGGACCGUUCGAUCGUGAUCACUACCUACGAAGGUCAGCACAACCACCACCUUCCGGUGAAUCUCAGGGGGAAUUCUGCGGCGGUGAUUGGUAUGAGGCUUCCAGAUUCUUCGAUGAUGCUAAAUCCGCCAUUAGCGCCUCCGCCGGAAGCUCCAGCUGGAUUUCCUCAUCACUUGUACAGUCUCGUCAGUACUGAUGGUAUGACUCGCAAUACUCAGCUACAGACUAAUUCCCAGUUACAUGAUCAUCAAUAUCUUGAUUACGAGAAUAUCUUGCCGGAUGUGUUUCCUUCUUCUACAAUAUUCCCCAAACAAGAACCCUAAUUAAUUAAAUUACACAUUAAUCCAAUUAUAUCUCCAAAAGUUAUCUUCCGAUCCCAUCCUAACCUGCACUAUUUUAACUUAUCCUCCACUACAUUAUAUAUAAUUAAUCAAUUUGUUUCUUCUUUUUUAUUCUUAUGAUGAUGCAUAAUAUAUAUUUUGUAUAUUUAUAUCUGUCAGUUGAUCAUUUGUAUCAUUACACAUUUUGUUAUAUAUAUACAAACAUGUAUCUGUAUAUAUAAAUUAAUAUAUA